CCCAAAUUAUCCCAAUGGCCGACUCUAACACAUCUAAUCCACCUACCGAACCUACCAUCUACAAGUUUGUUAGUCCCAAGACUCAAGGUUAUCUCAGAGCAGCAGCAAAGCACAGAGCCGAACAAGAAAACUCUCAAACCAACAACAUGUCUAACGAGCAGACCUUCAUUGCCAUCAAGCCCGAUGGAGUCCAGCGUGGACUCGUCGGCCCAAUCAUCAGCCGCUUCGAGGCUCGUGGUUACAAGCUGGCUGCCAUCAAGCUGUGCACUCCUGGCAAGGAGCACCUCGAGAACCACUACUCGGAUCUCUCCACCAAGCCUUUCUUCGCUGGCCUCGUUGAGUACAUGAACUCUGGCCCAAUCUGCGCCAUGGUCUGGGAGGGCCGUGAUGCUGUCAAGACCGGCCGCACUCUCCUCGGUGCCACCAACCCCUUGGCAUCCGCCCCCGGCACCAUCCGCGGCGACUACGCCAUCGAUGUCGGACGCAACGUCUGCCACGGCUCCGACAGCGUCGAGAACGCCAAGAAGGAGAUCGCUCUCUGGUUCAAGCCUGAGGAGGUCAUCUCCUGGACCUCGGCCCAGGCCGCUUGGGUCUACGAGAAGUAGAUGCGCGAUCCCCGUGCUCUGCUUUCCCUAGAAAAGUAUAAUCUUUCAAAUGACCGUUGGACGUAGAUAGAACGAAUCAUGAAAAUUAUCAAGGGUGCUAUGCUGUUCAAUAUGAGAUGUGAUAGUGUUAUUAUGUUAUGGUGUAGUUGUUAGUUGUUAUGUGUGAG